AUAACCAUAAAUGUCAAAGUUGUCAAAUCGACAAAAAUAUUUUGGGCUGUUGCGCUGUUUGACGUCUUCAUACUUUUUCGAAAGUUUCAACUUUGGAUUUGCAAAAUUAUCUGCUGGAAAUAAGAAACGUAAUGUUUUAAAAUCACAAAUCCACUAUGACGGUAUUAGUGUCGUUAUUCUAUCUUCUAUUUUCGAUAUGUGUCGUCUAUCCACCCACCGAGUUCGUGUCGGCCGGCUUUACUAUAGCGCAGCUGUUCGAGGGAUUCCUUGGAUCUGAAAAUAUAAACUUCAUUGGGUAUCAUAUGAAACGGACGACAAUAACUGCUUUGAUUCAUUCUGCUUUGCCUUUGGGCUACGUUUUUACUCUGUUAUGUGCUGGGGAGCGCAAUCCUUGGUUGCCUGCGGCGGCAGCUGCGACAGCCAUUAUUCCUCUAUUGAUGUGCUAUAGACUGUUAUGUUGGUGGGAAAAUGGGCAGGCGAAGCACCCAGUCGUGAAGUCUCUUUUGGCGUAUGUGACUCCAGGCAGUGACUGGAGAGUAGUGGCAGCAAACCUCAAUAUUGAGUUCAGGAAUGUAGACAAAGUGUCAAUACAGCUGAAUACAACAAGUAGGUUUGUUGCCACUGAGAACUGGCUGAUCAAACUCAGCCCAUACAAACUCAAUGUUGUCAAGCAAGGAGACUGCACUCUUGUUGCUACUGCGACUGACAGCCACAACCUUACUGCAUCAGGUGAAGAUGAAGUGCAAUACGUGAACAUAGAAGCGAUACCAACCCGCGAUGAUUUGGAGCGGUUCACAUUCCGUAUAUCGACCGUAGCACUACGGGACCUGCAGCCCAGGCUGUCGCAGCCAGUGCGAGUACCAGACCAUAUCUCGUUGCUACCCACACUCAUUGAACGAUUCGUCAAUGUAUUCAAACAUUAUGUGGAACAGAACCCUGUGUAUUAUAUUGAUCAAGAGCCCGAACUAUGCAUCGGGUGCAUGCAGUACCCUGCUGACGUGAAGCUGAACCGAAGAUGCGCCGCUCCACCCCCGCACCUCGAGGGAGGGCCACCACAGUGUCAACAGUGCAACUGCCGCGUGCUGUGGUGCUGCUCGUGCAUGGGCCGCUGGUGGGCGGCGCGCGCGGCGGGCCCGCCGGCCGGCUGGCUGGCGGGCCGCGCCAGCUGCCCCGUCUGCCGCGCGCCCUUCUGUCUGCUGGACGUGUGCCCGGCGCGCGCCCCGGCCGCGUCCUGAGGCGCGCGCCCCGCCCUGCUCCUCAUCACGCUCAGCCGCUAGAGGACUACGGGGCGGGUCUGUCACUCCCAGUUGUCUCUAUACUUACUCAGGUGCAACAUGUCUCCUCUCUUUUAUUGACGAUUUGACGCGAUUGUAUACUUCUUAGCGAAAAUGUAUUUGGUUCUGUUUUCUUUACAGCUAUGAAUUUUAUCAGCUCAGUCAUGAAAUUUUAUUGUCUAACACAAUGUGUUAAAUUCCUUAUCGUGUUAUCUAUGUUUUAAGUUGCUUUCAAUGUCUAGAAUUCCAAAUCAAUCAAUCAAUGUGUGUGAUUCAAUUUUGACUAUAAUUUACAUCUUCAAUGUGGAGAUGGUAUUUUGUUAAAUAAUGGUUUGUUUGACCAUUGUGUUAAUUUUAUCAUAAUAAUAGUUGUGUAAUAUUUAUUGCUGCGCAAGGAGGCUCUGCUUGAAGAUUAUAAUUGAUGUGAUGAAAUACUUUUUAUUAUACCUAAAUCGAUGUCUAUAUUAUAUAGUUGUAAACUUUAACUUAUAUUGAAUAUUGUCCAUGUAAAUGUUAGAUUUAUAUUCAAAAGUAGACUUGGACGUUUCUGUAACUGGUCUUUUAUUGAAAAAAAAAAUAUAAUAGUCAAUUAGAAUCCACUAAAUAAAAUGAUUCUUGAUAUCGUCAUCACAGAUGCCUACCCCGUCCAAGCUUACUUGAUAAUAAUAAUUACCUGGAUAUCUUAUUUUUAAUAAACUGACAUAAUAAUGUUUAAUACACAAUUUUAAACUAGGAAUUAAUAAAAAAUAAUGUGUUAAUUCAUAAUAUUCAAUGUGAAGACAUUUUAAUCGUCUUGAUGUGAAAAAUCUACUAAAAUAUAAUUUUAAAAGAUUUACGCGUCACUUUCAUACUAUGUAGUUAAGCAAAUUGCGACUAUAUGUGUCUUUUAUUAUACAUGUAUUUUGAAUAUCAAAUCAAAUAUAUCAUUUUUGUUGGAAAUUUAUAUAAUGUAAGAUUAAUUAAUUAAAGGGGGCUAUCGUACUUGAACUAAUGCUUUUGAAGAUAAAGUCCUAAGGCAUUUUUGCCGUAAGUGGUUGACGUAAAUCGACAGAGGCUCCAUCUAGUGACUGCAAAUACGAUAGCUCUACUAGUAAUGAAAUUAUAUUAAAAAUAUAAAUGUCUAUUUAUAUUUAAAUGAUCUGGAAUGCUAAUAAAU